CACCGAAGUCACGUCACGCGUGUCGAGUCACGUUAUCAACCUCACGCGUGACAGCACGGUUUUAUGUUCCGGAUGUUUUCACAUUUGUGACUCACGCGACAUUGCGCAUUCUAUCCAUUCUUUUCGUAGGUAUUCUACUGUUCCCACGUGUUUAUAUUUCGUUCUAAUUUGUUGAACAUUUAAAAAUGGAAGAAUUAAUCAAAAAAGUACGGGAACAUGGUGUUUUAUACGACCACGGUUCCCAUGAUUACCGCGACCAACAUGUUCGUCAAACUGCCUGGGAAGAAAUUGGACGAGAGCUACAAAUAUCAGGUAACUAUAAUUGUUAUAAUAAAUUAUUAUUGUACUAUAUUAUGAUUAUAUAUCAUACCCGAUAAUAAUACUGUUACUGGGGACGGGUGGGGCCAUUGUUAUAGGUGGGUAGUGAGUAAGGCGAGAUACAUGGUGUUAUUUAAUUUGUACCUGUAACCGACGAUAAACCAUUGAUAACGAAAAAUGAUUCGGAGCGAAGUUUGGUUAUAACCACCCGGUUUGAAAGGCAGUGAUAUUUACGAUUUUCGUCAAAAUUUCAUUUUAAAAUUUAUAUACAUAAAAAAAAAAAAUACUGUAUUAAACUAAUUUUUUAAGGGAACCUUCUUUACGCGCGCUGGGAAUAAAAUUUCAAGGCCGUGAUCCACGAGCUAGCGGAACGAAAAUCCGUCACGGUCGGCCUCGGUCGUCGAUUAACCGGCUCGCGCCGUGAUCACGUUAUCAGCUGUUAACACGCUCACACACACACACUAGUGACCUUGCGAGUAAAUGCAGGAAACCAUUUUGAGAAACUUAAUAUAUAGUGCAGGUCGAACCCCUCUUUUUAGAAUAUACCACUUUUAUAUCUAUGAAUGCAAUCCCCGAUCUAUUAUGGUUAUUUAAAAUGCUGACUUUUAAUAUGUCAUCAAGGUCACUCUCCUGAUUACGAAAAUAUAUACCUACAUUACUUAUGUGAAUACAGAAAAUAACGUAUCCCGAGCAAAUUAAAUCUGUCUGGAUUAAAAUUCAAGAAUUCAGAUUUUCGAACUAUCCGAUAUCCGGAUUUUUUCCACCACACACACACACACUCACUCACACGCGUACAAUGUAAAUAAAAGUGCCACGGCUGUUUUAGUUAUUAUAAGCCCAUUAUAUCUUUCGUGAAAAUAGAAUAAGAAAAUUAACAAUAAAUUUAAUUAAUUUCAUAUGGAUUAUAUUUUAUUCCAAUACAAACCUAAUCAUUCUAUCAUUUGAACGAUUCUGAAAGAAGUUCAUAAUAUUCACAUCCCAACAUAUAUGUCAUUCUAUAAACAUUUUAUUUAAAUCCUUAUCAAAACAAUAAAAUUUAAUAUAGAUAUUUAAGCGUAAGUAGUUUUAUUUCAAAUAUGCGCGCAUAGAGUACACACUGAUUUUUUUUUAACCACUACGUACGACUUAAAAUGAACUUUUUAUGAAAUUUUCAAGCAUUUUUGUUCAGUCUAACAUUUUUAUCCACUGAGUACCUACUGAAUAAAAAUUACGUAAAAAAACUCGCGUAGAACACAUCGUGUUAAUAUAGUAAAAACAAUGAAAACGAUAACGCUGCUGCGCAGCGCACAGUAAUUAUUUGCCGUAUUUCAAAAACCCCUUGGAAAAUCAAAAAAAUGACCUCCCCCAAUGCACCAACUAGAGAAAAUUACCUUUCAGAAAAGUCCCAGUCUUGACAUUCAGUUUGAAGGACCACCUUUAGGGGCGGGAUUACAGAAAAUAAUAUAAUGUACUACACCCUUUGUUUCGGUCGAAUUACUAUUUUGCGAAAACAAUCUUUUCACCUAUAAGAAAUGUGUAUCGAUUCCACCGAACUUUAUUCAAAGCAAUUUUAAAUUUGAAGUGUUAGACUUGAGUAAAAUAUUGGUUAUUUACUGAGUCGAUAUCGAGUAGAAUAUCGUUGUUUUCAAUCAUUAUAGUUCUCCGAUUUUUCAUUACUUCAAUGACUUCAGAAAUUUGUUUUGAUAUAGUAGUAUUAUGAAGAACGAGAUCGGUAUAAGCAUUGACGUACAAGAUGAUUCACUCACUGAGUGCGCUCCUCUCAAUUUUUUUUUUUUUUUUUUUGGUUUAAUUUUGCAUAUAUGGUAUUCAAAAUUUGAUUAUUAAGUGUAGUUACAGCCGAUAUUUUCGAAUACUUAGAUUUUUCACAACAUUUAACGAAUUUUCGGAGCAAGAUUUUCGGUAGAAUAUUUUUACAUAUAGUAUAAAAAAUUUAAAAAAGUAAACACUUUUAAAAUCUUUUUAAAAAAUUUUUUUCCGUUACACUCAAAAUCUAAAAUUAUUACGUAAAUGUAAAAAAUAUAUUUUAAAUAUAUUUUUUAUGUUUGUUGAUAUAUGGUUAUAAUAAAUUAAUCUAUUUUUAAUUAAGUACGGAUUCUUUCUUUACGAACAUUCUCGACUUGCCCAACUAAACUACUAACAUUCGAAUUGAAAUACUUCCAUACUUGAAAUGCUUCACGUUUGCUAUUUCUUCUAAAUUAAUCUAAAUUCAAUAGAGUUAAUUCUAGAAUUUGAAGUGAUUCAAUGUAGUUCAAACACACCAUCUCCACAUAACAUGUUGUGCAGGCAACAUAAUACUAGCACAAUUUUAUCAACAAAUUCCGGUUGAAUUUCAUAGGGCCCUCAAAAAUUAUAAUUGUUAUCAAUAAUAUCAAUGCAGUAUGGAAAAUGUCACAUUUCUUCGAAUCUCGAUGCAGUUUUUCACGUUUCUUCUGUUGGUAUUGGCAUUGUAAUUGGUCCCAGCCUUUUCCAUAAUGUUUGACAAACCUCUUUUACUAUUUCACGGACAGUGCUGAAUCCUAAUCUGCAGUUAAAGUCAAAAGCUAAAAUCUGAAAUAAUAUGAUAAACCUUCAGGUGUGCCUAGCUCUUAAAAUCGUUUAUUUCUUCUAGGAAAUGAAGCCAAACUACGGUGGAAUAAACUCAGAAGAUGUUAUUGUAAUGCAAGAAAUAGGCGCCGUGUCGAUACUAAAAGCGGUAUAGCUUCCAAAAAAAAAAAUUAUUGGAAAUACGAAAAACAAAUGUCGUUUAUUUUACCAUUUUUAGAAAACAGAAAGUUAGUAACUAUAAAUAGUAUUUAAUUAUGUUUAUUUAUUUUUUGAUUUUAUUCCAAAUUUCUAUUUAAGGACGCACGAAAACUUAAACGAAUCUCAAGCUUCUCUUGGUUUAGUGACUGAACAAGGUGAUCUUGCUGAGAAGUUUGGAGAAGAAAUUGAUCUACAAAGUCCAUCAGAUGAAUUCAGUCAUAUGGAUGUGGAAAUUGAACGAAAUGCCGACGCCAAUUCAGAUGCAAUUGAAAAAACAACUUCAAACGAUGCGAAAUCUGUAAAAAAACACUACAAAGCCAUAAAGCGAAAUAAAAAACAAAAAUGUAUAACUGAUUCUCCUGUAAAACAAAUGGUUGACAUUUUAAAAGAUAGUUCGGCAUUAAGAAAACGUCGCUUUGAAGAAAAGAGUGUACGCCCAGAAAUAUCUAAAACUGUACCUUUACAAAAUAUGGAUGACACGGACAUGUUCUUUCUAAGUAUGUCCAAAAUGACCAAGCAAUUGCCAAAAGUCGAACAAGCGCGAAUUAAACUUGCAUUAAGCAAUUCUGUAUUAUCUGCUGAAGUAAAAUGUAACGAACAAUCGUAUUUUGCUCCUCAUUAUUCCUGUUUCACACAACAACAAUCUGUCCCGUCUACAUCACCAGCGUCAAGUACUAUACAAUCACUGAAGUCGCCCUCAGAUUACUCCAGUGGAUAAUAUUCGACUACUUCAGCACUAUUAUUUUUAUUACUCGAAACGAUGCCUCUUUUUUCACCGGAUUAUCUGUAAAGU